AUGGGUAUCAAGAAGUUUUUUAAGAUCAAGCCUCCGAAGGAGGACACGGUAGAGCAGAACCGUGAGAAUUUGAUGGAUAUCGGUAUUGCCACUAAAAGUACCACCAAGAAACCUCAGAGUAAAUUUGCUGCGUAUGGUCAGUUUGCUAAGGAUAGGGCUACCAGCAAGAUCUACGCGCCACCUGGCUAUGAGGACUUUGCUAGACCACCUGAAGAGCUAGAGAAAAAGGAAGGCGAAGAGGAUGACUUGAACAAAUCUGAGCUGGACGAGAAAGAGACCAAAAAGGAUAAGAAGAAGAAGAAGAAGAAACACCAACAAGAGGAUGAACCAGCAGCAGUACAGGAUCCAUAUGCCAGAACAGAAAAAUCCUAUAGGUAUAACCCUGACCCUUAUGGCGCUGGAGCAGCUGGUGAGAAAGCAUUUUCGAGCAGCGGCGUAUAUAAUGAAUUCAAUAAUUACGAAAAUGGACCCAGUUAUGGUAAUGAGUACGGAAGACGUGAUAGAUCAGAGGACUUGAAUGCUUACAACGGAACUCCUGGCCAACCUAUGAAGCCAGUUAAUAGAGCAACCCCAGUUCUUGACAGAAGAGAUUCUGCCCGUGAAGAUCCAGCAUACGGAUAUAAUAAUCAGAAUAGGUCAAAUCCAUAUGCAGGUGCCGGUGUUGGUGCUUUAGCAGGUGGUGCUGCAGGUGGUGCAGUUGGAGCAAUGGGUAGCGUAGUUAGUGGCUCCAAUCCAUAUGGUGGCGCCUCAUAUGGUUCUGGGUAUGGCAGCAGUGCGACAACAUCAGCACCAGUAUCCAAGCCGAUAAGUAGAACAAAUACAUCUGCAUCAAACCCCUACGGGAACGCCUCUUAUGGAUCGACACCUGGUGUCAAUGACAGACCGGCGGGUUCAAAUCCAUAUGCUGCGAUUAGUGGUGACUCAUACCUAAACGGUACACGAUCAGGAAAUAUCUCAAGAUCUGGUACUAAUCCAUAUUUAAGAAGGAAUGCUAGCAAUAGCGUACCGCCUCAGGCUGGAUAUAUCACACCUGAUUCGAACAAUGUUGCACUAGCGGAGGAAGAGAACCAACAAAAUCAGGAUGAAUUGGACUUAAACGAUGCUCCCGAAGAUGCUAAUGAGUUUGUCUUUGAGGACAAAUACAUGGGUAGAGAAUCUAAAUAUGCAGAAAACUCUGCUGCGCUGGACGAACUAGAUUUGAAUGCCACUAUAAAUGACCGUGGGGAAGAUCUUAAUGCCACUGGAUACGGUAACAUGUAUGAACAACAACAGCAACCGCAAUGGCAAAGAGAAGAAGAGGAAUACGGUUAUGGUACCCAAGAUGAUAUGAACAGAGGCUAUAAGACUUUUGAUGAGAUACAAAGAGAAGAAGAAGAGCGUCAAAAAGAAGAAGAAGAUCAGGCUGUUGAUGAAAUCAAAGAGCAAAUUAGAUUUACGAAGCAGAGCUCUGUUGCUUCCACUAGAAAUACUCUGAAAAUGGCACAAGAAGCUGAAAUGGCUGGUAUGAAUACACUAGGUAUGCUUGGCCACCAAAGUGAAAAACUGAAUAAUGUUGAGAGAAAUCUUGAUUUGAUCAAGAUACAGAAUACAGCUGCCGAUGAAAAGGUAGCUGAAUUGAAGAAGCUGAACAGAAAUAUUUUGGCUGUUCAUGUCUCUAACCCAUUUAACUCUAAGAGAAGAAGACGUGAGCGUGAAGACAUGAUUAAGGGUCGUAAGAUGGAAGACAAGAUGAGAGCAGAGCACAUGUCACAAGAAUUACACCAAUCUACUCAAAGAAUUGAGGGAGCCCUAGGUGGCGGUAAUGAGACUAGUGCUGUGAGAGAGAAAUAUCAAAGAGAAAAAGUACUUGCGGCAGCUAAGAAGUAUCAAUUUGAAAACGACGAAGAGGAUGAUGAGAUGGAAGUUGAGAUUGAUAGAAAUCUAGAUAAGAUCCAACAGAUCAGUGGUAGACUAAAGAAGCUGGCCCUUGCGACUGGUGAAGAGUUAGAUUCCCAACAAAGACGUAUCCGUGACAUUGAGGAGAACACUGAUGAAAUGGAUAUCAAGAUUCACAUGAAUACAACCAGACUGGCUGAUAUCAGAUAA